CGACCACCCUCCCGCCGUCCCCCGCCCGGAACGGAGGCACCGGGCUGCUGCGGGAAGGCUUGCUGGGAACCGGGGCCGGCUGCGAACGAGCAGAACGUCAGAAACACCCCUCGAACGCUCCUCGCAGGUGGGGGCCGGAGGGGCUGAGGCGGCGGGUGCCGAGCCGCACCGCGGGGAACCCCCGGCGCUGAGCGGCCGCUCGGCUGCCGCUUUAAGCGCCAGGAUUUCAGAUGCAUGCCAGGUUCCCGCUGAAUGCCAGCAGCAGAGAUCCCUACAGAUGGAGCCCCAAAGUCAGCAUGGCAGCGGCGGCUCCCUGGUGGUGAUUCAGCAGCCCUCCCUGGACAGCCGGCAGCGCUUGGACUAUGACAGGGACAGCCAGCCCACCACCAUCUUGUCACUGGACCAGAUCAAGGCCAUCAGGGGCAGCAACGAAUACACCGAGGGGCCGUCGGUGGUGAAAAAGUCGGGUCCGCGGACGGCGCCGAGGCAGGAGAAGCAUGAGAGGACUCACGAGAUUAUACCGAUUAAUGUGAAUAACAACUACGAGCACAGGCCCGGCCACGCGGGGCACGUGGCGCAUCAGCAUAACGCCAGGGCUCCCGUCCUGAGCCGAUCCACCAGCACGGGCAGCGCCGCCAGCUCCGGCAGCAACAGCAGCGCCUCCUCGGAGCAAGGGCUGCUGGGGCGCUCGCCGCCCUCCCGGCCGGGCUCCGGCCACAGAUCCGACCGGACAAUCCGGGCGCAGCCCAAGCAGUCGGCCCUGAUCGUGGACGAUCUGAAGGGGCCUUUGAAAGAGGACUUGACGCAGCACAAGUUCAUCUGCGAGCAGUGCGGGAAGUGCAAGUGCGGGGAGUGCACGGCGCCGCGGGCCCUGCCCUCCUGCCUGGCCUGCAACCGGCAGUGCCUGUGCUCGGCCGAGAGCAUGGUGGAGUACGGCACCUGCAUGUGCCUGGUCAAAGGGAUCUUCUACCACUGUUCCAACGACGAUGAAGGGGACUCGUACGCGGAUAAUCCCUGCUCCUGCUCCCAGUCACACUGCUGUUCUAGGUACCUGUGCAUGGGAGCCAUGUCCUUGUUCCUGCCUUGCUUGCUCUGCUACCCUCCGGCCAAAGGAUGCCUAAAACUCUGCCGGGGGUGCUACGACCGCGUCAAUCGUCCGGGGUGCCGGUGCAAGAACUCCAACACGGUCUAUUGUAAACUGGAGAGCUGCCCCUCCCGGGGUCAGGGCAAGCCCUCAUGAUUUUGGGAGGGAGGUUUACUUCCUCCAACUUCAGUUUUUCAGGUUGUAGCUGAUUUUUUUUUUUCCCCUCCUCCCAUCUUUUCUUCUUCCCCCCUUCCACUCCCAAUUUGGGAGGACUGUUCCUUUCCUUUCCUUUCUGUCUGCCCAACUUCAGACACAUGAGUUCGUCCCCUUGCAUCUUUGCUCUCCUCCUCCUACUGACUUGGCUGAGUGUGGAGCGUUUCACGCAGUCGCUGCUGCUCUUUGGUAAGUGUGGACCUGGGAUCUGCACCUGCCGCUCGCUCGGGCAGGGUCUUUGAGUUUGCAACUGAACCACUCCUGAAAGAGACAGUGAGGGCUCACUGGGCUCUUGAAGCUUCUUGCUCUGUGAAUAUCUUCCCAAAGAUGUCUUUUUUGUUUGUUGUUUUUGGUUUUUUUUUGUUCUCAGCAAGUUAUGUUUUUUUUUUCUCCUUAACCUCCCGGGUGCCAAGGAAGAAUAACUUCCCUGAGUGAGCUGGAUUGUGAAAUAACUUUUUGUGUGUGUUCUUUCUGGAGAGGGAUGUAAAAUAAAGGCUUCACCAAAUGAAAGGCCUGACUCUUCUAUAAGCAGCCUGCUUCUUUUUGCAUCUUUUUUUUUUCCACCCCCCCUCUCUUUUUGUCUUAACUUUUGGAGCAUUCUCAGGUCUGAGAAUUGCCCUGCCCUUUUUUUCUUCAUUUUUUCUAUUUUACAUUUUCAAUGUAACUUCAGUUUUUGCUACACUGUGCAGAUCUUCACAUUGGAGACAUUGUGGCUGCAACAUACUCAUGUUUCUUUUGCUGUCCAGUCUUUGAAGGAUAUUGCUCACUCCACCCUCCUAAUCCCGUUUUUAUAGUCUGUCAGUAUCAGUUGAUAUUAAAGUUGGUGGUGUUCAUAUAUCCAAACAGCCUUCAGGUGUCAUUGAGUCACCUAAACGUUCUUGAAUCCUUCAAGUCUCUUGUGAUCCUUUGGCUUAGUGAGUUUAGCUCUGCUCUGUACUUUAUAAUUUUAUUCUGUCCCUGUUUUAUUGCCUUAGCCACAAAUUGUGGUCCUUUUUUGUAUAUUUUAUGUAUAAAACACAAAGUUGAAUCCCAACUAUUUUUAAGACAAAAGUCUGUUAAAACUUUUUUUAUUGUAAAGAAUAUUUAUUAUGUGAAUCUCUAUUAUUUUAUGAUAUUUAUUGCAAAAGACUUCGAAAAUGUACUCAUGUCUGAAUAUAACAAAAUAUCAAUACUUAACGAAAUAAGGAUGACACGAAGAAAGUACAUAUGUUAACUAUAAUGCAGAAAAUAUAUUAAUUAAUGAAAACGCCUCUGGAGUUCUUUUGUUACAAUGACAGGUUGUGAGCUACGUGUGUGUAUUGCUGGGCUGUUCCUCCUUCAGGUCUGUCAGGUGGCAAACAACCUCCUGUUGGUACUUCAAAGCCACUAGUCUGUGCUCUAGUUUAGUUUACCUAAUCUUAAGUUUAAGCCAACUAUAUAUCAAAUAAGGGAUAUUUAAUACAAUUGAAUCUGUGUUGUGCUUAACAGUGCCAAGAAACGGAGGCUCUAUUUAUUUACCAAAGAAUUUGGAAAUACAGUUGUGGAGGAGGAAACCACAACUUCCAAGUUGUUUCUUUGUUGGGUUUUUUUUUAUUAUUUUUUGUUUUUUCUUAAGGAAUACCACAUUAACAUGCAAAGCCAUUUAAAAUUUUCCUAUCUAGAACUUCCUGUCUGGUUAAACUGUGCAGCAGCUGAAGAAAUGAAUCUUCCCAGCUGGAUUUUAAAUAAAAAGCUUGGAGGCAGGAUGAAAAACAGUGAUUGUGUUGCUGUAGUUUGGUAGCUUUGAAAUCUGGGAAUGUGUGUGCGCGCUUGGGCCCACGUCUGUGACUUAUUCGGUUGUUUUCCCAUACGUUUUCCAAUGUCAACUGAAUCUUCUGUCUUUAAAUUAAAGGCUCUUAAGGGUGACCUAAGUGUCACAGCUACUUGUGGCCAUUUAACACACAUUCCACAGAAAAAGCUUUUCAUUAAGAGUGAAAGGGGAGACCUCAUUCUUUUCCUCAUGUGGGUCAAGGUUACAUCACAAUUCUCCUGAACUUUAAAAGUUUUAAAUGGAUGCAGUUUCACAUGGUGUUCAGAGUAAGUGGUUCUAGAGAAGCUCCACUUCAGAACAGAGCGAUGACUUGACAAAUGUGUCAUAUCUUGCUCUUUUUUUAAGUCCUGCUGCUUUGAGUUGCCAUAUUCAAGCUGCUCUGACUCCCAGCACGGUGAUGAUUUGUAGUUAAUUCCAUGCCAACUGACGCAGUGUCACCGAAUGGAGCUGACUGAAAAGCUGCUCUUUUAUUAAGCAGCACAGAUGACCCCUGAGAGGCACAAAGUGAAAUCAUCAUCCGAGUGCGUCUAGGAACGCUUUGCAGGAUGCGGCUGCUGCUGCUCCUCUGUGUGACACAAGUGACGGGCUGGGGGGCUUGUGGGGCAGCACUGGAUGCACACAGAUUCUGCUUUCCGAGAUUUCCCGAGAGGAAGCAAAGCCAGGAGAGGAAUGUUCCCGAGGAGCAGGGACUUGCACUCCUUCGCUAUCACCGUGCGUCUCGAAGAGCGACAGCUGCAAGUGGCCCCGCGGACACAAUGGAGGCCUUGUCCGGUGCUGGCCAGAGAUGUCCACUGGUAACUGUGCGCUGACACCCGGGAACACGGAGCCAACUGCCUCCUCACAGCUGGACCACAGCCAGCUCCCUGCUCGGGGCCUUUGCUCCAAGGGCGCUGCUUGUGCCUCCUCAAGGAAAACGUUGCCCUCUGUACCGCUGUCUCUUUUUUAUUCCAGCCAGGUGACUUACCUGGGGGCUUGGGUUGGUUCCUAGCAGAAGAGGAUGUUCUCCGUCCUUUAGUGAUUGUCCUAUGUCGUGGCACUGUUUCAGAUCUCUUUUUUUAAAACAAAAGCUACGCUCUAGUUAAUCAUACUCCCUUUACUAACCAGAUUUUGGGAAUAACCUGAGGGUGCAGCUCCUCUGGAGAAAAAAUUGAUUUGGACCUACACAGCAAAGAGAAGAAAACAGUUCCUUGCAGGUCUUACAUGGUUUUCUAAUUGCCAGGUAGAGCAGGCAGUGUUAGAAAAAUGAGAAUAAUGUAUUUUUCUCUUGGGUUAGAUGCUGUAUGCUUUGUAUUUAACAUCCAAAUAUAUCUGAGCUCACUUCUGGGUACUCUGGAAUGUCAUUGCCACUAUGCCAUGGAAAUGACUGGGGAUUCAUUCAGGCAGCUGGAUUUUGUGGUGUAGAACCAUGGAGGGUCACAUGAGAGUACAGCUGAAAGAGAACGGAGCAAGCUGACAGCUGGGUGAAGUGAAGCUGUGAAGCCUCCACAGCCUGAAGAGACACAGGUUACUUUAAAUAUGGCCCAAGUGGUCUGCUACUGUGUCUUUUUCACUUUCCAUCCAUCCAAGGAUGCUGUGUUCUGUUGGAAGGGGGUUUGCUGUGGGGAUUUCCAGCAAUUAGGGCACUGAAGUGCACAUUUCAGUCCUUCAGCCCCAAAUUUAUCAGGGGCUGUUUGAGGUUACACCUCCGCAUCUGCAGAGCGACAGACUGUCAGAGCCUGUUGCAACAUAAAAAGUGACUUUUUUCCCAUGAUAUUUCUGAGAUCUUCUUUUGAGAAGCCAAGAGAACUCUGUGUAAAAUGAUGGUGUAAUUAGGCAGUAAGUUCAGCUGACCUACUGACCUAAUUGCAUGGGUGGGUGAUGGAUUUGGCUGAGGCUGCCAUCUGGUUCCAACAGCAGAGGCCUCAGGCGUGUAAGGUCUGCGUUGAAGGAAAAAAGAGAAGUCCAGAAAGUUGGAAUUCUUGCUUUGCUUAAUGUCUUGAAACUCGUGAUAAGAGAUGAGUUUAGGAAACAGUAAUUUAGCAAUAAAACCAAUGGGUAGAUAAAGUUUCCAUGUUCCAUGCUGGAGGAAUCCAUGGCCGGGGUGAGAAUUUGCCCUCAGAGUCAGGGUGUUUCUCCAAAGAUGGCUCCAUUACACCACUGCUGGGGUGGGUGAGGGUGUUUUUCAAGGGGGGAUAAUGCCUAACAAAUGAAAAGUACUUGCUCUUGUUUAUGGUUCCAUAUCAUAAAGACAGGUAGGAGAGGAUUAGCUCCUCCGUCUGUGAUAAAGCAAAUCUGUUAAAAGGGAUUAAAGGGGCUAGAUGAAGUGUUUUAAUGGACUUAUAUGAAGUAAUAGAUUUUUGUCCUGGAGGAAAAAUCUUCUUCAGGACUCACGGAUACUUCUGCAUUUCUUGUUCUGCUAAAAUUGCCUCCAAAUUCUAAGGAAUCCUGAUUAAUUGUUGGCUUUCUUCCAGCUGCAGCAUUUGUGUCAGUCAUAUGGUGGUGCUUCAAAAAACCUGGAAUAAAAUUCUGUUCUGCUCUCACACAGCUGGAUUUACCAGCCUUCUUAGACAGCACAUGGGGCUGCACAGGUCUUAUUCUGAUGACCCUUCAUUUGGAGGGCAGUUUGCUUUUGGGGCAGCUCUUAAUCAUUUGUAGUUCUUCUCCGUGGCAGUGUUUCACCUUCCUCUGGCUGGUGGGAGGAGCCAAGGCAUGGCUUCUCCCCUUGGCAUUAGGUACCCAGCCAUGGGGAGGCCGUGGUAAGGAGCUUUCUGCUCACUGGAAGGAUCUGCUCAAAAACCUUGUGAUCUCCAGAGUGGUGUUUACCCCUCAGUUUGUAUUUGUGAUAAACGGAUGCAGUGCAGUUGGUUUUCCCAGGAGCUGCCAUUCCCACUCCUCCUGCAGAAGGUGUCUUGAGAUACUGCCUCAUUUACUGACCAAUAAAUACAAAUUGGGGAAAGUUUCCCUGCAAACCACACAUGGCUUGGCUUUUCAGUUUAAGUAUGUAUGGAUGAGACACUAGUCUUAAUGAAUAACUUUUGAUUUUAGCAUCAGAAAAGAACCAGAAAUUCACCUGGAUUUCUCAGUAUUCCUGAUACAUGCAUGGGGCAGCAUUAUAAGAGACAGAGUGUGCUUCCAGGAGAAGUACAUAUUCCAAAAUUAGCUUGAAAGUGUGGUAGCACUUUAUUUUGGAGCAGAGAAACAUCCUUUUGGUCAGUCCUUGGAGAAAGGUGUGCCUGAUAGCCGUGGCUCUGGCCUUGUAAGCACGGCCCUGUUUUGUGAAGCUUUGUCUACACCUUCGGUGCCCCGACCUGAAAACAAACAUCCUGCAGAACACGAUGUCAGGAGGCACAAACAGCCUGACAGAGUCUCUGCCCCCAGGGGCUGAACCCCAUUGUGUUUGUGCAAGAAGGAGCACAAUGGGACAUCCUGCCUGACCCCGCAGGGUCGCUGCCGGAGUAUGAGCGGGUUUAUUCCAUGGAAUAUUUCUUCUGAAUGGAGCUGAUGGAUUUACACCAGUGAAUGAGUGGGCUGGGUGACAGGAAUGGCCAGUGCUCAUAAAUGUUAGGAUGUCCUUAGUUUGUGGGAUAAAGUGACUGUGAGAAGGAGCUGGAGCUCCCUAAACAGGCUGAUAUUACAUAACUGAUUAACCACUCAAUGGCUGUUUUAAAUGAAACCUCCUGUUCUCUGGCACACACUUCAAUUUCCAAACUGCCUGAGAGUUCUUGCAGUGCCGUGAGGAUUCCUCUUCCAUACUCCAAGCAGGAGGAAGAGAUGAAUUUACAUGACCUGGUGAAGGUUCUCUCCAAAGCUUUGUUUCUUGUGUGAUGUCUGAUUUGUUGUUUUUGGACCUGUGCACUUUAUGAGUAGCACACUUGCAGAUAAAAAUUUAUAAACUAAUUGCCUGAAAGGAAGGGGAAGUGCUGGAGCUUUUCUCUAACCUGGAUACUGGGAGAUUUCACAGUACCUUCUUUUUAUACCAAAGUCUUACCUAAAUCCAGUCUCAUUUACCUGACCCCUUCCUUUUAGGGAAUAAUUGUCCAUUUUUCUACAUGGCAUGCAAAACUUUUCUGGAUGAAAUGUGCUACAACUACAGGAGCACCUGUGCUGUCACUGAGGCACUUUUUGAUUUAAUACAUUUUUACACGUGCUGUGUCUCAUCCAGUUCAAGGUGAGGAUAAACCCAGUUAGGGCAGGAAAUACAGGAUAGCUGGAUGUCGUGAAUUUGUUCUGUUCCGAAAUUCAACUCCGGUAUGAGCUUUGCCAAACUUUGGCUGUACUUGGGCUUGAAUUUACUGAUCUGCCAAGAGUAUGUGAGGAAACACUGUUAGAAUUGAAAAUGCAACAGUUCUGCUGUGUUGAAUAGUCAAGGGGUCUCUCUGUAGCAAGUGGUAGCAAUGGAAGGUGCCAUUCUGGAGUCUCCACAGAGAUUUUUGUAUGGGCUUUCAAACCUGGAGUUCUAGGGCCUGUGUUCUUGUAUCCUCACUUUCCAUCCCUUGCCCUGUACUGGAGCAGAAGCACUUGCCAUGAUAGUUCCAGAGUUAUCCAUCACUGCUGCCAGGUGCACGUAAAUCCCCUGGAAAAGUUAAUCUCAUCUGCUCUCCCUCCUGACACUUCUAACACACUGGGGUUGGGACAACUUUACCUGUUCAGGUGGCAAAAAUUGCAAAGUGUCUCAGAGCAUUUUGCACUUGGACUUAAAUUCUCUUAAAUUAACUGUGCCUGACAGAACAGCUCCGAAGGAAACACUUCUCUUUGGCUGCUGGGAAAACUUGGGCUGGAGGGCUGGAGCCACACUGAGGCACUGGCACAACCAGGAGCCUUUGACCAGCAGUGUUUAAUUACUGAGUCAUUCUGUGCAGAGGGAUGGAUGGAUGGAUGGAUGGAUGGAUGGAUGGAUGGAUGGAUGGAUGGAUGGAUGGAUGGAUGGAUGGGAGGGAGAAACCCCUUCCUUCUGGAAACUAGCACUUUCUGGAGAAUAUUUAAAACAUGCCAUAGAUGGGGAGGGUGUGGUGGGUUAGAAGGAUUGUUAGUACUCUAGGGGGAAAAUAUAUAAUCCCAAGACAGGGACCAAUUGGAAACGUUCUUGGUACAGCACACUGUACGGUAUGAUCCACCUGUAAUGAACAGUUUCCAUAUUUAUUAGUUUUUGCGGGGUUUUUUUUUCAAUGGCAGCAGUGCUGAUGUCUGGGUGUCAGCGUCUGGAUAUGUGGGAAACGAGGUAAGAGCCUAAAUAAUACAUGUUACUUGCAGGGCUGGAAACUAGAGCCAUAUCCUAUGGCCUUCUAAUUAAAACUCUUUAUUUCCACAGAUUUAUUCUGUGGGCCUUACUAAAUAGAUCAGCCUUGGGUUUCUAAUGGUGACUACUUGAGGAGGAAUGUCGCCUUUGUUCCCCUGAAUGGUGGGGAGCAGAUUACCGGGCUGCCAAUUUCCUGCUGCCUUUCAGAGCUGCAAUUUGAGCCCUAUUUGCUCCUGGCUCUUGCACAAUUGGAAACAAUGGGUGGCUUCUUUCAGGUUUCACUUCAGAGCUCUUAGAAACUGGGGAAGUGGCAAAAGCCCUACUUUACAGGUAAUUAACAAUAGAUAAUGUUUGCUCUGCGUUUCCACACCCCCCCCCCCCU